GGCAGAUUCAUCGGAAACCCCUCACUUUCGGUGACGAUUUCACAGUAUAUGGUCAGUCUUCGCCGGCGAAAGAUCCGAGCAGGCGAAGCAGUAAUGAGUGCUCGCGCGAUGGAUGAACCUACCAUGAAGAGGCUCUGGGAAUUUGCAUGGUCCACAGACCGAAAAGAAUUUGGCCCGAUCUCACGCAAACGAAAGGCAGAAAAUCCUUCUGAAUGGGCUGGAUUUUUACUCCGUGAGAUGCUUUAUUUACUCUACCUUCUCUCCAUGCUUUGCCUGCUCCGCUAUGACGAAGCAUUGCGGAUCACCUGGGCCGAUGUCACAUUCCAGGUCAGCUACCAACCUGCACAGUUUCGAGUGAAGCUAGAAUUACCAUUUCGAAAGACACAUCAGUAUGGAGGCAUAGCCCCAUUUUACAUCUACGCUGAUCCUGACCGACCGUGGAUGUGCUUGCUGCGAGCAUUCGCUAUCUGG